AUGGAUGUAACUUUUUUGGAGUUCGAGACAUUCUUUCAUGACCCAGUAUCUAAUUCUUCACUUCAGGGGGAGACACGGAGUAAAGCACAGACUUGGAGCACCUUAGAAGAUGGAAAAUUUGAAGUAUGGAUGAAAAUGACCAGUCAUUCUGACAAUAAAGCCUCGUCGCUUCAAUUAGUAAGCUCUAUGGACAAAACGACCAGUCGUUCUGAUUCUAACGACUGGUCGUUCUAA